AAUAGUCACAAACACAAAUACAGACAGCAGAGAGAAAAGGCCUGUAGGCUGUGUAUUAUCCUUUCACCGUCAUCUCCGCCACAAUAACGGGUGCAUGCAUGGCAGAACUGUUAGGAUUACAGCGCGGGUUUUGAGCAGGUGUGAAGUGGGGAUGUUGUGAGUGAGUGUGUGUACAUGUGAGUGUGUUUGUGUGUGUGUGUGUCGUGGUGACCGGGUGUGCUGUGAUGUCAGGUGACAGCAGCACAUUGUCUUGGAAGUUUGUGGAGAGCUAUGGCCAAUCAAAGUCCUCGGACACUUCCCAGACGACGGUUGCCGGGGACGAUGGUCCAACUAAGAUCAUCAAAGUGUGUUUCACCAGCAACAGUGCUAACCUGGGGAAGAACUUUAAACUAGUCCGCUGUCAUGAGGGCAUGACUGUACGGAAUAUAAUAUCAGCGGUGUUGUCCAGCGGAUGUGUGGGUCCAGACAUACAACACUCCCUCUGCUACGGCCUUCUGCUGAAACACCUGAAGUCAGCUGAGGUCCAUUGGCUACACCCCAACCUCACCGUGUCUGAACUGCGGCUACGCUACGAACAACAGCAUCUGGAGGCAGAGUGGAGAUAUGACCUGCGCAUUAGGUACGUCCCUGCCGACUUCAUAGAAAAGUUUAAAGAUGACAGAACCACACUGCUCUACUUCUACCAGCAGGUGAGAAGUGACUACAUGCAGCACUAUGCCAGUAAAGUGAGUGAUGGGAUGGCCUUGCAGUUAGGUUGUCUGGAGAUCAGGAGGUUCUAUAAAGACAUGAACCCCAAUGGACUGGAGAAAAAGUCCAACUACGAACUGUUAGAGAAGGAUGUAGGACUGGGUCUGUUCUUCCCGAAGGAGAUGACUGACAACAUGAAGUCGAAGGCUUUGCGUAAGAUGAUUCAACAGACGUUCCUGAGGUACUCGUGUCUGAAGGAAGAGGAGUGUGUUGUGAAGUUCUUUACCACGCUAGCAGACUGCUGUGACUACAUACAGGAGAGUUUCACCUGUCAGUUAGUGCAAGGCUGGAGUCUGACGGUAGACCUGGUCAUUGGCCCCGAGGGGAUCCGCCAGCGUGCAGAUAAAAACUCUGUGCCUGUCUGCUUGGCCAGUUUCUCUCAGGUCCGCAGUAUCAGAUGCUCUCAGCAGAACGAUGGCCAAGCGCUGCUAACAGUUGACAUACAGGGAGCAAAGCAGCCUCUGUCGGUGACCACGGCCUGUCUUGCUACAGCUGAAAACAUGGCGGACCUGAUAGAUGGCUACUGUCGACUGGGAACCUCCUCUGAUACCUCCCUCAUCAUCACAACUAACAAAGAGAGAGACUCCAGUUUCGCCCUGCCUGCUAUCCCUACAGGAGAGAGUAAAGAUGUCCCCAAGAAGAGUGUAAACAACAGACGAGGUGUAGGUUCAGACAUCUACGCUGAGAUCCCCGUGUGUAAGCCAGACUCUGGGUGCAGGUAUAGCCUCUCCAGAGAUGAAAUUUACCUGGGGCGUAUCCUGGGCGAGGGCUUCUUCGGAGAGGUGCAUGAUGGAGUCUACAACAGCCCGACAGGGGAGCGUGUGCGUGUAGCAGUAAAGACAUGUAAAGACUGUUCUGCUGAUGUAAAGGAGAAGUUUAUGAGUGAAGCUGUGUUGAUGAAGACUCUAGAUCAUCCUCACAUUGUACGUCUGAUCGGGGUCAUUGAGGUGGACCCUGUGUGGAUCGUCAUGGAGCUGUAUGAGCACGGAGAGUUGGGCACCUACCUUGUGGAGCAGCAGAGGUCUCUGACCAGUGUGACUCUGGUCCUGUAUAGUCUACAGAUCUGUAAAGCGCUGGCUUACCUGGAGGGGCUGAGCAUGGUACACAGAGACAUAGCUGUGAGGAACGUGUUGGUGGCGUCUGCAGACUGUGUCAAACUGGGAGACUUUGGGCUGUCACGUUAUCUAGAAGAAGAAGACUACUACAAAGCUUCUCUUAGCAGAUUACCUAUCAAAUGGAUGGCUCCAGAAUCCAUCAACUUCAGACGCUUCACCACAGCUAGUGAUGUCUGGAUGUUCGGGGUGUGUGUGUGGGAGGUGAUGUCCCUAGGUCAACAGCCGUUCUUCUGGUUGGAGAACGGGGAGGUGAUCAACCAACUAGAGGGUGGUGUCCGUCUGCCCAAACCCUCCCUCUGUCCCCCCACCCUCUACACACUUCUCACACACACCUGGAGUUAUGACCCACACACACGCCCCUCCUUCACACAGCUGGUCUGCAAGCUCAGUGAUAUUCAUAGGAUGGAGAAGGAACAGGAGGGAGAGAGGAAGAGACAGAGAGCUCGAGUCAUGACACCCUACGACUCCAAGACCACUGAGCCCCCACCCAAGCCAUCAAGGAAACCUUGUUUCCAGAGCAACACCCUCAGGCCUGGCAUGAGAAUACAGGAGCCAUGUGGGGUGGGGGAUGCGAGGUCUGUCUGGGAGAAGGAGAGGGUGGAGGAUACUCUUCGUAGACAAAGAGAGGACAUGCUGACAGACAGCCGGUGGCUGGAGCAGGAGGAGAAACACCUGGAUCCUAUACAAGUUCAACAGGAGUUCAGAACAGCUACGCAUGAGGAGGAGCCAGCAGACCGAGCCACACUUCCUCCAGACAAACCACCAAAGGCCUCAGCUCCACAGCCUACAGCCACGGCAGAGCUCGACAGGACAGAUGACCAGGUGUAUGUGGGUGUCAUGGCGAUGGUGAGAGAUGUGGUGCAACUGAAGAAUGAUGUCAACACACUGCCCCCCUCAGAAUACCCCAACGCUGUCAAGGCCGUGGGGUUAACUCUGCGUAGUCUGAUCCGUAGUGUUGAUGAAGUUCUACCAUCACUGCACAGCUCUGCCAGAACAGAGAUCGAGGGAACUGAGAGGCUACUGAAUAAGGAUCUGGGGGAGUUAAUCGCUAAGAUGAGAUUGGUCCAGCAGAACUCUGUGACAUCACUGAAGGGGGAGUGUCAGAGGCAGAUGUUGGGCGUCGCCCACACCUUGGCCCUGGACUCCAAGAACCUUCUAGAUGCCGUGGACCAGGCUAGGAUUAAAGCUAACCUGGCCAAGCCAUAAACCACACACACACACACACACUUCACUUCCUUCAUGUACCUUAUAGAACAUUUUACAGAUGCUGAUUUAGAUUUUCAGUAAGACAUUUAGCAGAGCUUGUUGUCCCUAUUUGAAUGUAUUCUAUAUUUUACUGUUUGGGCUUUUUUUUUUACUGUGUUUUAUUUUAGAUGUUUGGUACGGAGAGACAGAGAGAUAAUAAAUAAACAGUGUUUCACCAUGGUAAAUAAA